AUCGCAUGCUGUUGUGGGUUAUAUGCGCAUUUUAGAUACACUGUAUGAUACACAGAUGUGUUUGAUCAUAAAUUAGAUAUGAGGUGACAAAACGCAGCUCUUAUUCUAAAUCAUAUCGUUGCGUCUUUGAUGUUAAAUCUAACCUCUCCUACAUGUACUUUUACGCAUAUAGUCAUAGUUGUGCCAUAUUCGGAAUACAUGUUUUAAAGUGUGUUUUAAGCAUCCCCUAAUAGACUUUCUAUAGAGUCUGUACUCUACAGGCUUCACUGUAAACCUGGCCUUAUUUUGUGAGGUGUGCAGGAUUUAAGAGACGAUCUUUGCUGAAACAAAACACUUUAGUUCCACUCGUUAAAGAACCGAUCACCAGCACAGACAGCAAGGCCAGGUCUCGCAUGCAUAGCUGUCAUUGUCAGACAGUUUCAUCGGUCCAUUCUCAUGAAAAACAACUACUCGUUUAAAAAAAAAAAAAAAAGGCAGGCCUGCUCCACCAAAAAUGGUAAUCCGGGUUUUAAAACGAGAGGGGCCAACGCCUUAAAGAGCUGGCGACCUGUCUGCUGACCCACGACCUGCUGAGGUGAAGGCUCGGCCGGCGACAGGGCAGAGCCAGGCUCUCCUGGCCGGUCAUUCAAAUGAAACAAGGCCAUGUUGUUGUGUUAAUUAUUUACAUUCCCCCCCUCCAAACCCAUGCGCCCUUACAGGUAGUCAAUGGACCUGUAGAGCCGCACCGAAUGGCUCACCUUUUUAACAUAACAUUGAGAGAAUGGCCUCUCAAGGUCUCCACUCUCAAUGGGAUUAAAAUAACAGUUUGGGAGUUUAAAAAAAAAAAGAAAAAAAUCAAGGGUGGCAACAAAGUGUGUGACAGGGUUGUAUUUGCAUAGACAUGCUGUUUUCACAUCAAACCCUGGUAAAGAAAUCAAUAAGACUCUGGCUUGUAGUCACUACACUUCAGCAAAAAAAAAAAAAGUUACUCCAUGAAAAAACGUGCUCAUUCUUUUCAUCACAUAAACUCUUUAAAAAAGCAUUUCUGCUGUGCUUUUUCUCUCAGCAUCGGGAAAUACACGUAAAAUUAUAGUAGAAACCGUCCCAGGUGCAUGCAGGUCCCCAUGCAUGACUAUACCCUCCCCUCUACAAACACACACCUCACUGAACAGUAGAAAUAAUAAGCAUGUGUAGCGUCUUGCUGCUUUAGUUUUUACCUGUGCGCUGUCCAUUGGUGUUGUGUGUGAGCAGAUGGGGGGAAUCAAACGGCUGUUGAUAUGCUAAUGAGGCCCUGUGCCAGUGUUAUUACAGAGCUGCUCCAGCCCUUCACUUCCACCAUUAGAGGGAGACCUCAGAGCGCAAGACAGACAGCAAACCCACAGCUUCAAUAAAAAGUAGUUUUUUUUCUGAGCGGGGAGCACAAUUCACUGAGUGAAAACAAGACUAAGGCGAUACCUAUACUCAAUAUCCACCUCAGCAACCCAUGAAAAUGCUCUGGAAAUUAACUGAUAACAUUAAAUAUGAAGAUUGCGAGGACCGUCACGACGGAACCAGCAAUGGGACAGCCAGGCUACCUCAGCUGGGCGGCGUGGGCCAGAGUCCCUACACGAGCGCCCCUCCGCUCUCCCACACACCGAACUCGGACUUCCAGCCCCCCUACUUCCCCCCGCCCUACCAGCCCAUCUACCCGCAGUCUCAGGACCCUUACUCGCACGUCAACGACCCGUACUCCCUCAACUCCCUGCACGCCCAACCGCAGCCGCAGCACCCGGGCUGGCCGGGCCAGAGGCAGGGUCAGGAGAGCGGCCUGCUGCACCAGCACCGCAGCCUGCCCCACCAGCUGUGCCGGGAGUACCGCAGGGAAGUGCUCCUACCGUCCGGCCACGGCAUCGAUACGGGACUGUCGGACUCUAUCCCUAUCCAUGGAAUACCUCACUCUUUAGAAGACGUUCAGCCUGUUGAGGAGCAAGGAAUUCACAUUCCCGACCAGACUGUAAUUAAAAAAGGUCCAGUGUCUUUAUCCAAGAACAACAACAUCUCCGCCAUCCCCGUAAAUAAGGACGGUCUUUUCGGAGGGGUGGUAAACCCCAACGAGGUGUUCUGCUCAGUUCCGGGUCGCCUGUCCCUCCUCAGCUCCACAUCAAAGUACAAGGUCACGGUGGCAGAGGUGCAGAGACGCCUCUCGCCGCCCGAGUGCCUGAACGCCUCUCUGCUGGGAGGGGUACUGAGGAGGGCCAAGUCUAAGAAUGGAGGAAGAUCCUUAAGGGAGAAGCUGGAUAAAAUCGGCUUGAAUCUACCUGCGGGCAGACGCAAGGCAGCCAACGUCACCUUGCUGACGUCACUAGUCGAAGGCGAGGCGGUACAUCUUGCCAGGGAUUUUGGUUAUGUAUGCGAGACCGAGUUUCCAGCCAAGGCAGUAGCUGAAUAUGUAAACCGUCAGCAUUCCGACCCAAACGAACAAGUCCAAAGAAAAAACAUGCUAUUGGCCACGAAGCAAGUCUGCAAAGAGUUCACAGACCUGCUGUCCCAGGACCGCUCACCGCUGGGAAACUCACGGCCGCAGCCCAUUCUUGAACCGGGAAUCCAGAGCUGUUUGACCCACUUCAGUCUAAUCUCGCAUGGUUUCGGGACCCCAGCGCUGUGCGCGGCCGUCACGGCCCUGCAGAACUAUCUGACCGAGGCUAUCAAAGCCAUGGACAAAAUGUACCUCAACAACAACCCCAACAGUCACUCAGAUAACGGCACUAAAGGCGGAGACAAAGACGAGAAGCACAGAAAGUGAUGUUUCCAUCCUACCUUCACCGAGGGCCAAACCCCAGGGCCCUUUCUUCUACACCGACCCACACCCCUCCGCCUCGCCCCGGCCCCCCACCCAUCCAAUAUAAAUAUUAUAAAUACCUUAUAAAUACUAUUGAUAAAGUUAAACGUGCCACUUCCUUGAUCUUGCGCGCGGUUUUACAUGUUUUUUGUUUUUACAUCCCAACUUUGGAUUCACGGGGAAAAACGACGCAAGAACCUUCUUCUUCUUCUUCUUCUUCUUCUUCUUCUUCUUCCAACACCUGAACCAUACGAAAUGUUAUUUAAAAAAAAAAAAGAGAAAAAAAAGAAAAGAGAAAAAAGCUGCAGAGGAACAGCUCCAGGGCGAGGAAAAAGGUGUAUUGCCUCAGCCAGAGGACUUUUUAUGUACUCCCCUUAUUUUUUAUGAGCUGCAACGAAUGGACUGAAAUCCAGCGACCCCUCUCUAUCUCAAUUUUACGAUUGUGACACAAAAAAAAAGAAAGAAAAAAAAAACAA